UUUAGGGGAAAGCCAAAUUUUCAUCUGGCAACACUGGGACAACUCACCAAAAAAAUUUCUGCUGUGAUUUCGUUUUAAAAUUUUGGUUUACCUUUUUAGAUUUUUGUUUGCAAGUGUAGUAUAAAAGCCAAUAAAUAACAACAAUAAAUACAUACGUAAUUAAACAAUCAAGUGCGGCAGCACACGAGCAACAACAAAGACGGCACGCCAAGCAAAAACGAGUUCGAGUUGUUGUAGUUGGGUUUUCCAGCCACCGUUCGCCGAGAUUGUGUGAAAAAUUCCGUGGCAUUCGAUUGCUCCAAAAUGGUUGAUAAGUUCAUAAGCAUGUGGAAAGUGCGCGAAUUGGCGGACAAGGUCACCAAUGUCGUGAUGAACUACACGGAGACGGAGGGCAAAGUGCGGGAGGCCACCAACGAUGAUCCCUGGGGCCCCACUGGGCCACUGAUGCAGGAGCUGGCCUACGCCACAUUCUCUUACGAGACAUUCCCGGAGGUGAUGUCCAUGCUGUGGAAACGGAUGCUGCAGGACAACAAGACCAACUGGCGCCGCACCUACAAGAGCCUCCUCUUGCUCAACUACUUGGUGCGGAACGGCUCCGAGCGGGUGGUGACCUCCUCGAGGGAGCACAUCUACGAUCUCCGCUCGCUGGAGAACUACACGUUCACCGACGAGGGCGGCAAGGAUCAGGGUAUUAACGUUAGGCAUAAGGUACGAGAGCUUAUAGACUUCAUUCAGGACGACGAUCGGCUGCGCGAGGAGCGCAAGAAGGCGAAGAAGAACAAGGACAAGUACAUCGGUAUGAGCAGCGAUGCGAUGGGCAUGCGAAGCGGUGGCUACAGCGGUUACAGUGGAGGUGGUGGCAGCGGCAGUGGAGGCUACAACGACGGCGGAGACUAUCGGUCCAGUCGUGGCGACAAUUGGUACUCCGACAAGAACAACGACAAGGAUCGGUACGAGGAUGAUGAUACUCACUACGACGGAGAGCGCGAGGGAUCCGACAGCGACUCACCCAGUCCAAGACGUAACUACCGCUACAACGACCGAGCCAGUCCCGCCGAAGUGGCCAGCGAGGCCAAGCCCUCCAGCCUAAACAUGAACAUCCGAUCGAAGGCCGUUAGCUCGCCGGUGUCCAAGCAGCCAACGUCAUCGGCUGCCACAAAGCCGGCGGCGUCGCAAAAGAAGAUCGAUCUUGGGGCGGCGGCCAGCUUCGGAAAGCCAGCGCCUGGCGGAGCUGCCGGCAUACACUCGCCAACGCACCGAGACACACCCACCAGCGUGGACCUGAUGGGCGCCAGCUCGCCCGCCACCUCCAAGGCAAACAAUAAUACGCAAAGCAAUAGUAAUGAUCUGCUGGACGAUCUGUUCAAGACCUGCUCGCCGUCGCCAACGCAGGAGAAGAACCUGAACAGCGCCGCAGUGAUUGUGGAUGACGAUGAUGACUUCAAUCCGCGGGCUGGUGACGGUGGCCAGCAGGAGUUCGGCGACUUUGCCUCGGCCUUUGGCGGUAGCUCAGCAGGUCCGGCCAGCGAGCCUCCUUCCACGGGCCUCAUACCGGCCACCAACGAUGAGUUUGCCGACUUUGCUGCUUUCCAAGGCUCGACUACGUCGACCUCUGCUCUGGAUGGGACCAUGCUUCAGACGGCCACGCCGGCCAACGACUCCUUCGACCUGUUCAACGCUGCGCCCACAACGACGGCGUCGGCCACCACGGCUACGGAUCUCCUGGCGGGUCUGGGCGAUCUGUCCAUACACCAAAGCAUGCCCAUGGCUGUCGAAGAGCAGUUGGCAUCCGUUGGCUAUCGGGUGUCGCCUCCGCCGCCGCCGCCGCCGGAGUCGGUGCGUCUGGCAUUGGCCAAGGCGCAGAAGCAGUUGCGCGACUUGGAGCAGGUCCAAAGCGCUUCCUCGGCCAACCAGGUGGCAGUCAUUAUCAGAGAGAUCCACCAAUCAAAUGCCUUGCCUGGCUUCACCACCCCGGAGCAGUUGGUGGGCCUCGAUCGUCAGACCUGCGACUGGAGUUCGCUGGCCAACGGAGAGUACGCCUCGCUGCUUAGCCAAGUGGUCGAGCUUUUCAGUCAGGAUUGGCCCGAACCCUCGAGGGAUGUGGAUCUCGUGAAUCUCUUUAUGCUAGAUCACAGCUUCGACUAUGUCCUGGUAGCCUUUGAGACGCUUCAGACAGGAUUGGAUCAGUUUCCGGGGACUGUUGCCUCCUUGCUGGAGCAUUUGCUGAAGGAUGACUGCCUGGUACCCAUUGCCUUGCUGCACAUCUCCCGCCAGAGGGGCUCCUUGAUGCAGCGAUUUGCUCGGACCAUCAAAGUAAUGCCAGAGAGACGGAUUGAGGAAUUGGAUGCCCAGGUGAAGGCGUUCUUUCAACUGCUCGUCGGUCUGCCCGGCCACGUAGCCAAUCGUCUGGGUCGCCAGCUGCCGCAGGCGUUUGCUCCUGUUCCCUACCAGCAGCUCCUGCUGCGUCAAUGGCUGAAAUCCUUCCAUUUUCUGCUGCAAUGCGAGGAUGACGAGGAAUACUUCGACCUAACCCCUCACUCCUGGCUCUUGUCGCAGCUUAUAAACCUUCAAAACGAUGUCCCAACUCUGGAGGGCUUACUGCGAGUGAUGAAGGACUGCGCGGUGCCUCGCAGAGGGAGGAAGGUGGUGCAAGCCGUCAUGAUGCAACUGGAUCCAAGUGCUUGUCUUAAGGCCGCCCAGUCGGCACUCUCUGCCGAACUGAAUCUCUAUGUCCUGCUAGGACCAUCGGCGCUGGAAGUCCCUCACUGGAAGCACUGUCUGCUGCAAAAGUUACCCCUGCAACGGACGCCUGUGGAAAACAAGCAAAUUAAGACGCUGACGACUUAUCUUAAUGUGUCUAAGCCUGGACAACUGCAGGUGCUCUUCAAUCAGUUGCUGGGCAUAUGGUCCAAGCGCAUUUCGUUGCAUAAACUGAGCAGCCAGGAGCACUUGGCCAUUUCCAAGUUCCUCGUGGCGGCAGGAAAGUGCCUGUAUCGAGGUCUGGAGGUUGAGUUCGACAGCAAGCGGCAGCUCCACGACGGACUUAGUAACCAUUUGCAGUCGCCAGACUCAGUGCAGCGUUAUGUGGGAAUGAAAACAGUGGAGCUGCUCUUUAACUUUAUGGCUCUGCCGGAUACAAAGGAUGAGGAUCGACUUCGAUUUGAUUACGAAUCCAUGAAGGGCACACCCCAGUGGCACAUCUUUGAGGAAUUGGACGAGCUAGCGGAGUUUGAAUGCGCCAGCAAGUCGACUCUGGAUGAAAAGAUCGAUGAAGAGCACCUGAAACAGUUGGAAUCACAUCUCAAGGAAUUUAUGGGCAGCUCUGAGGAAAUUCAGCAGCAGACUCGCCCCAAGAUCAUUACUAAUACAAAGCCAAUCGCAGGGAAGGAAAAUGUCAAAAUGCAGCUGGACUCGGACGAUGACGAGCCACUGGAUGAGGAUGAUGACGAUCUGAAGCCAUAUGACAUGUCCAACGACAUAACCAGCACCCUCGAACAGCGUCCGAAAUUCCUGCUGGACCUGCUGCAUCUCCUUCGCACCAAAGUGGACAACUAUCAGGUCUUUGAGGGCGCUCUGAGCACCGCGGAGUCUCUCAUUCGUGGCCAACUCGGCAGGCACGACGCACAGCUGGCCCUGGACCUGCUGCAGCUGUUCCUCACUUUGGACAUGCAGUUCUAUUUCGAGAACUUUGAGCGCACACAAUUUCAGUGUUGUGUGGCCAUUUGUGUGGCCCACCCUGGUCCGUGCGCAGAGCACCUGUGCCGUCAGUUCCACACCGACAACUCGACCUAUGCGGCCAAUGUGCGUAUCCUGAUCCUCCAGGUGCUGGCAGCGACAGCCAAAGAACUCUCCGGCGACGAGAUGAAGCCCAGUGAGGCAGUGAGCCUGGACAUUGUGCCACCUGCAGCCAAACAACCACGCAAAUUUGAGCUCCAAAACGCGGAAGUGAGUCCAGCAGCGCGUCUGGCGGCUGCCCAGAAGAUAAUCCGCGAACGCCUUCGAGCCAAAACCAAGCGAUACUUUAGCAAGCCGAAGACGGGAGAGCGAGUGGAGAGAGCGAAUCCCUUCCAUCCGGUAGCCGGCACCUUCUUCUUCAGCCUGGUGAGGGGCCAGCGGACGCGCCAGAUGCUGUUUGUGAAGUACGAGGAUAUUGCCCACGACAUAGACACCCAGUUGCUGGUGAAUCUGCUGCACACUCUGUCCGUGCUGGUCAUGUGCUCCCAGAACUGUCCACUCCUGCCGGCGAUGACCCGCGAGAUCUUCGAUUUGUGCGCCUUUGUGCGCUUCAAUGCCGAGGCUCGGGUGCGUGCGGCCACUCUGCAGCUGAUUGGUAUCGCCUUGGUCACCACCCCUGGCCAUGUACUGGCCCAGCAUUUUGCCGAGUCUCUAAACGAGCUGCAGCGCUGGCUGGAGGACUUUGUGCGUUCGCCCCUUGUGGGCGGGGAGACAUCGGAGGAGUGCCGAGAUCUGGCGCAGAGCAUCCUGGACACCUGCUACAAGCUCUUCGAUGCAGCCGCCAUGGAACAGGCUGCCUAGUUAUAGGUCAUAAGGAAUAGGGUAGCGACAUAAGUUCGCGCGUCAUAUCUUCACCGAGCUAAAACUGUUGCUCGUCGUUUUUCAUCUUUUUUGAAUGCUUAAAGUUAAAAACUAUUUACGAAAUUACGUAUUUGUUGAUUUCGCUGGAGAAAUCUCUAAACCUAGCCUUACGUUUAUAUCCAAAUAUGAAACCUUUCAGAAAACACACAUUGAAACCCGUGUCCUUAAAAUCCUUUCGGAAUAUACACAUACCUAUAAUCUUGAAACCCGUGUCCUUAAACAUUUCCCUAGUAUUUUAAAAUGUAAUUCAGUUGAUAAUGACAAUUAGCCUUAAGUUUGAAGCCGACACAAGCCAUUGUAUUGCAGGUAUAUACGGAUUUAUAUCAUUUAAACUA